CGUGUGUGGAUUGUCAGAUCCAUUGCUGUUUCCGUACAUAAACGUUGUUAAAAUGAACAAAAAAUUUCUAAUAGGAUUAUUGGUGUUCGUAGCUGCAUGCAUAAUAAUUGUGGGUGUUUUGUUGGGAAUUUACUUACCCCGAAGAGCAAAAGCUACUGACGUAUUCUCAUUUGAACUACCGGAGCUACCAGAAACAUCGCCAUGGUACGGUAAUGAAGAGAUUCGAAUAUUCCGUCAAUAUUUACGAAUACCAACAGUUCAUCCGGACAUUGAUUAUGAGCCGUGUGUUCAAUUUCUCAAACGCCAAGCGGAAAGUUUAGAUUUGCCCGUCUCCGUAGUCUAUCCCGUUAAUGACAGAAACCCGGUUGUUAUAAUUUCGUGGAUUGGAUCAGAGCCAAAUCUUCCAUCAAUUAUGUUAAAUUCACAUACUGAUGUAGUUCCGGUAUACGAGGAAAUGUGGACUCAUCCACCGUUUGCUGCUGAUAUUGAUGAAGAGGGAAAAAUCUUUGCAAGAGGAACUCAAGAUACAAAGUCGCUUGGAAUGAUAUAUUUAGCAGCUAUUCGAGCACUUAAACACGAGAACGUGACAUCAUUGAGACGAACGAUUCAUGUGACAUUUGUACCUGACGAAGAAACUGGCGGAGCUCUAGGAAUGGCUGGAUUUGUCGAGACCGACGAAUUUAAAGCUAUGAACGUUGGAUAUGCUUUAGAUGAAGCAGGUGUUUCACCUACUAAUGAAAUAAGUGUAUAUAAUGAUGAGAGAUGUCCGUGGCAAAUUGAAUUUGUGAGUAAUGGACCGGCAGGCCAUGGAUCGUUUCUGUACGAAAAUACUGCUGGUGAAAAACUCUCGUAUUUAAUUAGCAAACUUAUGGAAAUGCGAAAAUCAGAAGUGGAGCGAAUGAAAACCAACAGCCUUCCUUACGGAAAAGUAACAACCAUUAAUCUAACCAUUUUGAAAGGAGGUGUUCAAAGCAACGUAGUUCCUCCAGACUUCACAGCUACUUUCGACAUUCGUUUGGAUGUCGAUAUAGAUCAUGCAGAAUUUGAAGCUAAAAUUGACCAAUGGUGCGAAGAAGCUGGUGGUGAUAUUGCAAAAAAUUAUUUAUUAAAAACACCGAAAGCACCAGCUUCGGUUGCCGACUCAACAAAUCCAGUUUGGAUGGUACUUCAAAGUACAACAAGGGAGCUGGGCAUGGAAGUCGUUCCAACUGUAUUGGCAGGAGCCACCGAUGCGAGAUUCCUACGAAGAUUAAACAUUCCCUCAUUUGGAUUUUCGCCAUUGAUAAAUACACCACUAUUGCUACACGAUCACAAUGAAUUCGUUCAUGCUGAUGAAUACUUGGCUGGUAUACAUGUUUACACAAACCUUCUUUCGAAAUUGGGCGAGAUAUAAGAGUCACAAAACAAUUUUUAUUCUGUGUCCAUAUCACCGAAAGUUACAAAUGAUUAUUAAAAUGGAUUUGAAAUUAAAUCAAAUAUCGUCGAUCGUAGUUAUAUUGUACUAUAGAAAAUCCACGUCACUGACUUUAAAUAUAACUUUAAUCGUUUCGAUCAACU